AUGGGGAGCUCACUCACCUUCUCUGUUUUUCUCGAUGGGCUGCCGGAUGCCUUUAGCAACUCAGAGGAAGAGAAUGCCGAAGACAAGGUGGACAACAAUGACCCGGAGCAGAUCUUCCAGAACAUCCAGUUCCAGAAGGAGAUCAUGGCCAACAUCCGUUGCCGACCGUGGCCGAUGAGGCAGAAACUCAAGGCGUUACGCCAAGCGAAAGAAAUUGUGUUGAAGUACGAAGGUCGACUGACUCGGACGAGAGGCUACCAGGCAGCCGGAGCAGAGCUGUGGCGAAAAUUUGUUCGGCUUGCAUACAACUUUAUGGUCGUCUUUAUUCCCUGGGAGAUGAGAAUAAAGAAAAUAGAAAGUCAUUUCGGUUCCGGAGUUGCUUCGUACUUCAUUUUCCUGAGGUGGCUGUUUGGAAUUAACAUUGUCCUCACCAUCAUGACGGGAGCCUUUGUUGUUUUGCCAGAGAUUCUGGCUGGAGACCCUUUUGGCAGCACGCCCAGUAAACGGAUCCCUCCGGGACAACUGCAGUCUGCGCAGGACUUGGACACCAUCUGGUCUUUGGGGGGUUAUCUCCAGUACUCUGUCUUAUUCUACGGCUACUAUGGCCAGGCUAGGAAGAUUGGGACAGCUGGUUACCGCCUCCCUCUCGCCUACUUCCUUGUCGGGAUGGCUGUCUUUGCCUACAGUUUCAUCAUCCUCUUAAAGAAGAUGGCCAAAAACUCACGGCUGAGCCUAGCAAGCGCCUCGGAUGAGAACUACACCUUCUGCUGGAGGGUCUUCUGUGCCUGGGACUACCUCAUCGGCAACCCGGAAGCGGCAGAGAGCAAAGCCGCCGCCAUAGUCAACAGCAUCCGGGAGGCUAUUCUGGAAGAGCAAGAAAAAAAGAAAAACACAAACAUGGCAGUGACAAUAAGCUUAAGGAUCAUUGCGAACAUCUUGGUUCUCCUCCUGCUCGCUGGAAGCAUUUAUAUCAUUUAUUUUGUGGUGGAUCGAUCCCAGAGGUUGGAGCGAACCAAAGACAGGCUGACUCUCUGGGAAAAGAAUGAGGUGAGUGUUGUCGUUUCUCUCAUCACCAUGGUGGCGCCUUCGGCUUUUGAGCUGGUCGCUGCUUUAGAGAUGUACCAUCCCCGAACCACUCUACGCUUCCAGCUGGCCAGAGUUCUUGUCUUAUACUUGGGAAACCUCUACAGCCUCAUCAUUGCCCUCCUGGACAAAGUGGACAGCAUGAGUAUUGCUGAUUCUAAUGUUCACAACAAUGGAAGUCAUGCUGUGGAAACCACCACUUUCUUAGCUACAAAAAUCUUCCUGGGGAACAACUUUUCUGCAAACAUUCCCAGUAUGCAGGUCAUAACAAACGGCACCUUCCCUCUGGCUGAGAAUCAGACCCAUAGUUACGCCCUGUCUACCAACCUGGUGGCAGCCAACAGGACAUCAGAUUCUGAAUCCAGCACCCAAAACCACCAAGAUCAGUGCUGGGAGACUUACGUUGGACAGGAAAUGUUGAAGUUGUCCAUUAUAGACAUGCUGUUCACAGUGGCAAGCAUUCUGCUGAUUGAUUUCUUCCGCGGGCUUUUUGUCCGAUACCUCAGCGACUGCUGGUGCUGGGAUUUGGAAAGCAAAUUUCCUGAAUAUGGAGAAUUCAAGAUUGCAGAAAAUGUCCUACAUUUGGUCUACAAUCAAGGGAUGAUUUGGAUGGGAGCGUUCUUUUCUCCUUGCCUCCCAGCGUUCAACGUUCUCAAGCUGAUUGGGCUUAUGUACCUGCGGAGCUGGGCCGUGCUCACGUGUAACGUCCCCCACCAGCAGGUCUUCCGAGCCUCAAGAUCUAACAACUUCUACCUGGCGAUGCUGCUUUUCAUGCUGUUCUUGUGCAUGCUUCCCACCAUCUUUGCGAUCGCUCGCUAUAAGCCAUCUCUAAACUGUGGUCCAUUUAGCGGGCAGGAAAAGAUAUACGAUAUUGUGUCUGAGACCAUCAGAGCUGACUUUCCCGUCUGGUUCAACAAGGUGAUGACAUACUUGAGCAGUCCUGUAGUGGUCCUUCCGGCUUUGUUACUUCUCUUCAUGCUGAUUUAUUACCUGCAAAGCAUUGCAAGAUCGUUAAAAUUCACUAACACUCAACUAAGGAUGCAGAUUCAGAAUGAAAGAAGUGAAGAUAAGAAAAAAGUCCUCAAAAUGGCAGUAGCCAGAAUCCAAACGAUAGACGGCCUGGACAAAAGGCCGGAGCCAGAGAGCAAGGUCGUAAGCCGGGAGUCCUCCGCUCGGUCAUCAAGUCUGAGGAAGAACGGCAGCGUGGUGAAUUUUGAGUCUCCCAAAGCCAGCCACAUCCAGACCGUCUCUCAGUCGGUCCCACAGGUUGAGGUUCCUAAGCCGGCCAGCCCGGCCCCAGCCGACGUAACCCCUCCCACUCUGGCCCCCGUGGCGGCCGCACCCCUCGCUCCAGUUCCUCCUCUUCCCACACCGUCUCUCCCGACCCCACCUCUUCCUGCUGGGCAGAAGUCUAGAACGGAACCAGCUCCCAACAGAAGGGAUGUCCCGAAAGUGAACAAUAUGGAUGGAAAGACGCCUCACCCUCUCUCCCUCUUGCACCCUAGAUACCUAAGCUCCGCCCACGGGAGCGCUAGCGACCUCUGCAGGGCAAAAGCUUACACUCCCGUGAAGUUCAGGAAGCGUGCAGAAGAUGCUCACUCCGAACCCCUCUUCAGGAAGAGCCUCCGUCAGAUCAACCCCGAGGUCUGCCCUGCCUCUGGGGCUCCCCCUUUUGCCGGCCGCCGUGCUCACACCGCCAGGUACUUCGUUGUCAACGAACACCAUCCCCGCAAGAAAAUUGUCCGCUCCACCACGCGGCUGCCAAGGAAUUACCGCAUGGACGAGUCGGGCGACGUCGUUGAGCUGUAUCCCAGGAACAUCCGGAGGUACUUGGUUCGAAUGCCCCAUCGGCUGUACUCGCCUCAUUACAGUGAAGAGGAAGAGGAGGAGGAAUUAAGGAGAGUUGUGGGCGGUAGAUCUCACCGCCCGCGGUCCCUCUCGGAUCUACGAGCCUCGCCUCGCUUCUUCAUCGGGGACCGUGGGAACAACCAGGUCCUUACGAGCAAGUCGUUGGCCCAAAUGCACUACAAAUCCUGGGAAGAUGGGUUUGGGCUUCCUUUCGAUGGCCCUCCACACACGCACCGGAGGAUUCACGUGAAGAACAUCGAGCUGGAUGAACCCUACCCAGGACACCACACGAAAGUGAAAGCCAAGCACCAGCCUGAACCUUCUCCCACGGAGUCCGAGUCGGCGUCCGUGGGAUCCAGCAGUGACCAGCCGACAAGCGGUAAUGAUCAGUACAUCCAGGUCAUUCACAAUAAAGAGAAGUACCUGAAAUCCGGAGGGAAGCUGAUCCGGAAGACGUCCAAGACAGGUGUCGACUUCAACAUGGCCAAAACAAAUGAACUGAUAUGUUCGAAUGUCUAGAAGAGGCGGGAAAGGCUGCAUUGCCAUAUCCUUAGGAAUUAGAACCUUCUCAGAGUUUCAUCCCCUGGCUAAGUAGUCAAAUGUUUUGGCGGUGUUUAAAAAUCCAUUGAAGCAAAGAGGAUGCUUCAC